AUGUCCUGGAAGCUCACCAAAACCGCUUCGGAGGCCCUUGUUUCACCCCCUGUGGCUCCCGUCAAACCCGGCAUCCUCAUCGUCACGCUCCAUGAAGGACGCAACUUCUCUCUGUCUCCGCAUUACCAGCAGAUUUUCAAUUCGCAUUUCCAGAACAACUCAUAUGCACCGUCAUCCUUGCGUCCCAGUACCUCCUCUUCGUCACACUCCGCCCAUGGCCAGGCCGGUUCCUUUGCGCAGUCCAACCGACCGCAGUCCACCAGCGGAGGAAUGAACAACGCACCGACUAGUCACGGCCGGUAUUCAACCAAAUAUCUCCCAUACGCCCUUCUGGAUUUCGAAAAGAAUCAGGUCUUUGUUGAUGCCGUCUCGGGAACUCCUGAGAACCCUCUAUGGGCCGGUGACAACACUGCCUUCAAAUUCGAUGUGUCCCGCAAGACUGAGUUGAAUGUUCAGCUAUAUUUGCGAAAUCCUGCAACCCGGCCUGGUGCUGGGCGCAGUGAGGACAUUUUCUUGGGUGCGGUCAAGGUCAACCCCCGUUUCGAGGAAGCCCAGACCUUUGUGGAAGAUCCGAAGUUGAGCAAGAAGGACAACCAAAAAGCAGCUGCAGCUCAUGCAGAGCAGGAGCGUCAUCUGGGUCAACUGGGUGCUGAGUGGCUGGAGAUGCAGUUCGGCACUGGCUCGAUCAAGGUUGGCGUCUCGUUUGUGGAGAACAAGCAACGCAGUUUGAAACUGGAGGAUUUUGACUUGUUGAAAGUCGUGGGCAAGGGUAGUUUUGGCAAAGUCAUGCAGGUCAUGAAGAAAGAUACUGGCCGAAUCUAUGCCCUCAAGACCAUCCGCAAGGCUCAUAUCAUUUCACGAUCCGAAGUCACGCACACGCUCGCCGAGCGAUCGGUGCUUGCGCAGAUUAACAAUCCUUUCAUUGUGCCAUUGAAAUUCUCGUUCCAAUCGCCAGGGAAAUUGUAUUUCGUCCUGGCAUUUGUGAAUGGUGGCGAGCUCUUCCAUCAUCUCCAGAAAGAACAGCGAUUUGAUAUCAACCGAGCGCGGUUUUAUACCGCGGAGCUGCUGUGCGCUCUGGAAUGUCUCCACGGAUUCAAGGUUAUCUAUCGUGACCUCAAGCCGGAGAAUAUUCUUCUCGAUUACACUGGACAUAUUGCUCUCUGUGAUUUCGGCCUUUGCAAGCUGGACAUGAAGGAUGAGGACCGAACAAAUACGUUCUGCGGCACUCCCGAGUACCUUGCCCCGGAACUUCUGCUGGGCAACGGUUACACAAAGACUGUGGACUGGUGGACACUGGGUGUUUUGCUCUAUGAGAUGCUGACAGGGCUACCGCCAUUCUACGACGAGAACACCAACGAGAUGUAUCGCAAGAUUUUGCAGGAGCCUCUGACCUUCCCCAGCAGCGACAUCGUCCCUCCCGCCGCUCGAGAUCUGUUGACCAGACUGCUGGACCGUGAUCCCCAGCGUCGACUGGGCGCCAACGGUGCCGCGGAGAUCAAGUCGCAUCAUUUCUUCGCGAACAUCGACUGGCGCAAGCUUCUCCAGCGGAAGUACGAGCCCAGCUUCCGACCGAACGUGGUGGACGCCCGUGAUACAGAGAACUUCGACCGCGAAUUCACCCAAGAGGCACCACAGGACUCGUAUGUCGACGGCCCCGCCUUGUCGCAGACUAUGCAGCAACAGUUCGCCGGGUGGUCGUACAACCGGCCGGUGGCCGGGCUCGGGGACGCAGGCGGCAGUGUCAAAGAUCCGUCUUUUGGAAGCAUCCCCGAGUAG